AUGAAAAAGAUAGACCUGGGAACCUGCCAGACAAAACCUGAUCAGUACUGUAAAGAAGAGGUCCACAUUCAAGAUGUUGGAGGUUUGAUUUGCAGAGCAUGCAAUCUUUCACUGCCCUUCCAUGGAUGUCUUUUAGACCUGGGAAUCUGCCAGGCAAAACCUGGUCAGUACUGUAAAGAAGAAGUCCACAUUCAAGGUGGCAUUCAGUGGUAUUCGAUCAAAGGCUGCACAAAGAACACAUCGGAGUGCUUCAAGAGAACUCUGGUCAAGAGAAUUCUGCAACUGCAUGAACUUGUAACUACUCACUGCUGCAAUCAUUCUUUGUGCAAUUUCUGA